AUGAACGCUGAGACGUGCGUUUCAUACUGCGAUAUGACAUCCAUGGAUUCAUAUUAUAGUCCGUCUGCACCGCAAGGUAGGGAUCACCAGGCAAACCCUUUUAGGACAUUCCAAGCGAGUGACACCAAAUACAGCCCCACUUUCCUGACCAACAAAGGUCAGGCUUAUGGGGAAAAGCCGCGGAGCCCGUUCCAGCAGGAAUGCCAGUCAUUGGAUGCCACUUCUGGGGAAGGCACCUUUAACAAAUACCACCUCUUCAUGCAGAGGUCCUCUUGCAAAACUCCCCCUGAAGGAAGCAAACUCCAUCAGGAAAGCGGACACAACGGAGCGCUCAUCUCCUGCUAUGCCAAAGACAGCACAGGGCUGACGGACUCCGAGUUGCCCCAGAACGCUGACCCCGCAGGGAUGGACGGCAGCUACCUCAGCGUGAAGGAGCCCGGGGUGAAGGGACCCCCCGAGCGGCCGGGCUCCGAGCUGGCCAGCCCCCUGGAUAAGGGCGAGGGCGAGAGCAACAAGGGCAAGAAGAGGCGCAACCGCACCACCUUCACCAGCUACCAGCUGGAGGAGCUGGAGAAGGUGUUCCAGAAGACGCACUACCCGGACGUCUACGCCCGCGAGCAGCUGGCCCUGCGCACUGACCUGACGGAGGCCCGCGUGCAGGUGUGGUUCCAGAACCGCCGGGCCAAGUGGAGGAAGAGGGAGAGAUUCGGUCAAAUGCAGCAGGUCCGGACGCACUUCUCCACGGCCUAUGAGCUGCCUCUCCUCACCCGGGCCGAGAACUACGCACAGAUCCAGAACCCCUCGUGGAUCGGGGGCAGCAGCGCCGCCUCUCCCGUCCCGGGUUGCGUGGUGCCCUGCGACACCGUCACCUCCUGCAUGUCCCCCCACCCGCACGGCGCCGGCGGGGUGUCUGACUUCCUUGGCGUGCCCAGCCCCGGGGGCCACAUGGGCCAGACGCACAUGGGAAGCCUGUUCGGUAGCCCCGGCAUGGGCGGCGGCAUCAACGGCUACGACCUCAACAUGGACCCCGACCGCAAGUCGUCCAGCAUCGCCGCCCUGCGCAUGAAGGCCAAGGAGCACAGCGCCGCUAUCUCCUGGGCCACAUGA